AAGGAUAGGAGCUUUGCCGGGCUUUGCGAAGGGCGCCGCGCUCCUCCUCUUACCGCGGGAAGCUGCGGCGGCGCACGUGCAAACGAGCCCAAGCCCCUCCCCCAUCCCACCCCCGCCCCUGCCCUGAGCCUCCGGGAGGCUGCCUUCUGCGACCGCCGUGAUGGCGCUCGACCCCGCAGAGCAGCAUCUCAGACAUGUUGAAAAAGAUGUUUUGAUUCCCAAAAUAAUGAGAGAAAAGGCCAGAGAGAGGUGUUCUGAACAAGUUCAAGAUUUUACAAAAUGUUGCAAGGACUCUGGCAUCCUCAUGGUAGUAAAAUGCCAGAAAGAAAAUUCUGCAUUGAAAGAAUGUCUAACUGCUUACUACAAUGAUCCAGCUUUUUAUGAAGAAUGCAAAAUGGAAUACCUGAAGGAAAGGGAAGAAUUCAGAAAAACUGGAAUUCCUACUAAGAAAAGGCUACAGAAGCUACCUACAAGCAUGUAGACAGAUAUUAAAAUGACAGGAAUCUCAUAUUCACAAAAGUCUUUUAUAAUAUAAAUCAUCUGAAAUAAUGGACUCGAAUGUGUUUGCUUUAUUCUAAUUAUGAAAAUAAUUUAUAAGAAAUAAAGAUCAUAUUUCAAA